AUGGCAAAGAGCAGCUCUUUCUCAGAGGCCGACCUAUUAUGUCCUGUGUGCCGCCACAUCUACAUGGAUCCUGUCAUGUUGCCUUGUGAUCAUAGCUUAUGUAAGGUUUGUUUUGCAAAAGUCUGGCAGAAGAAAAAAUCUCUUAAAUGUCCUUUGUGCAAGAAACGGUGUCCCAAAACGUUGCCUCCACCAAACGUGUACUUGAAAAUGUUGACGGACAGAUUUCGUCUGGACAAAAAGGAGUCAGCUGCAUCUGAGAUGUGCCAGCUGCAUAAGGAGAACCUCAAGCUCUUCUGCCUCGAGGAUGAAGAGCCGGUGUGUGUUGUGUGCCGAGACUCAAAAACACACACAAACCAUCGUUUCAGACCACUGGAUGAAGCAGCGCAAGAGCAUAAGGAGGAGGUUAAAUCUAAACUGAAACCCCUGCAAGACAAGCAUGAUGUUUUUCUAAAGACAAAACGGAUUUGUGAGCUUAACAUACAACACAUUAAGAACCAGGCUCAACACACAGAAAAGCAAAUCAAGACGGAGUUUGAGAAGCUUCACCGGUUUCUACAAGAUGAAGAGACGAAACAAAUAUCUGCACUGAAGGAGGAGGAGAAGGAGAAACACCAAAUGUUCGAGGAAACCUCCAACUUUGUAACCAAUGAGAUUUUACAGCUUUCAGCAACCAUCAGAUCCAUCCUAGAAGAAUUAGCAACAGAGGAUACAUCUUUUCUGAAAAAUUACAAAGCUACUCUGGAAAGAACUAAGUAUGAGCUGAAGGAUCCUGAAAUCGAGUCAGAAUCACUGAUUGAUGUGGCAAAGUAUCUGGGCAACCUGCAGUUUAGAGUGUGGGAGAAGAUGAACAAUAUCGUUGAAUACUAUCCUGUGAUUCUAAACCCGAACACCGCACACCCGCGUCUCUAUCUGUCUGAUGACCUGACUGAGUUUGUGUGCCAAGAUGAGCAUGAGGAGCUUCCUGAAAACCCAGAGAGAUUUGAUCAUCAUAUGUGGGUCCUUGGCUCUGACGGCUUUAACUCAGGGACUCACUGCUGGGAGGUCAAUGUGGAAAACAGUGUGGAAUGGGCUCUAGGUGUUGUGACAGGCCAUGUAGGAAAAAGAGGUUUCUACAGGGUGGGUGUAUGGAAAAGUCAUUACCAAAAUGCGACAUAUGGUGUGGAUGCCUCUGAAGGGUCUGCCACCAUCCUCAAGUUGAAGAAAGAUCUGAAGAGGAUCAGAGUGCAGCUGGACUACGACCACGGACACAUCUCAUUCUCAGACCCAACCACCGGCCGCAACCUAAAAACCUUUUUCUACAGUUUUACAGACAGUGUCUAUCCAUACUUCUGUAAUCAGUGUAAACUUUAUCCUCUGAGAAUUUUACCAGCGAAGACUUCUGUCAGUGUAGAAAGGUCUAAUUGCAUUACAUUUAAGCUUGCUUAUCAUAGCAGAGACUCUUCGAUUUAG